AUGACACAAGUUAUUAACUUUUUAAAUAAUAUAUUAAGGCUUAAAAAUAAUAAUACCUACACAAAUCCAUUUGUUCGAACGAAUUCUAUUUUUAUAAAAAUGAACAGCAUGAUCAAUUCUGAGGUAACUAUCCCCGAAGAAGAAUUACAGAAGUCGGAAAGUUUAUUUAAAGAAUUAACGAAAUUAAAAAUAAGUUACAAGGAAGUGAGGCAUGGAAAGGUCAAUUGCAUUAAGGACCUACUAGAAAUGAACUUUGAAAAUUCUCAUAAUAUAAUAAAAAAUUUAUUUUUAAAAGAUAAAAAGAAAAAUUAUUUUUUUAUAUGUACCGUAAAUUGGAAAACCGUGGAUUUAAAGAAUUUAUGCAACACAUUUAAAACAUCAAAUUUAAGGUUUGUUGAUGAAGAGAAUUUAAAAAAUAUUUUAAAUAUUCAUCCAGGAUGUUUAACGCCAUUUGCAGUUAAAAAUGAUAAAGAUAAUAUUGUAAAGUUAUAUUUUGAUGCAGAAUUAAAAGAAAUGGAUGAAAUGGUUGUCCAUCCCUUGCAUAAUUAUAGUAGCUUAUAUAUAAAAAAAGCAGACAUGCUUAAAUUUUGUGAGUUGUAUAACCAUUCCCCAGAAUAUAUACAAAUUGAGGAGGAUAAAGACAAAGGGAAAAAAGAAGAUACUAAGGCGGAAGAGGAAAAAACAGGAAAACAAAACAAAAAUUCUAACAGUAAUAGAAAUGAUAAAAGAAAUGAUAAUAGCAGCAAUAGUAAAAGCAGCAGUAACAACAAUAACAGUGCUAAUAAUAAAAAUAUCUAUCAUUCAAAUGGAAAAACAGGCGUAUAUAACGAGGAUAAAUCCAAAGAUUCAAAUAUAUUAGGAAUUACUUCAAAAAAAUUGGACAAUUUUUCAGACUGGUAUACGCAAGUAAUAGUUAAAAGUGAGCUAAUAGAGUAUUACGAUAUUUCAGGUUGCUAUAUUUUACGACCUGCUUCCUAUUAUAUAUGGGAAUGUGUACAAACCUUUUUUAAUAAAGAAAUAAAAAAAUUAAAUGUAGAAAAUUCUUAUUUUCCCUUAUUUGUUACAAAAAGUAAGUUGGAAAGGGAGAAAAAUCAUAUUGAGGGUUUCAGUCCCGAAGUUGCAUGGGUAACGAAAUAUGGUAGUUCUACUCUUCCUGAAGAAAUAGCUAUUAGACCAACUAGCGAAACGAUCAUGUAUUCAGUUUUUUCGAAAUGGAUUAGAUCUUAUAGAGAUUUGCCACUGAAAUUAAAUCAGUGGAAUACAGUCGUUCGAUGGGAAUUUAAGCAGCCAACACCUUUUAUCAGAACAAGAGAAUUUUUAUGGCAAGAAGGACAUACAGCUCAUAAAAAUGAAGAAGAAGCAGUUAAGUUAGUGUUUGAUAUAUUAGAAUUAUAUAGAAGAUGGUACGAAGAAUGUUUAGCUGUACCAAUAAUAAAAGGAAUAAAAAGUGAAGGUGAAAAAUUUGGAGGUGCAAAUUUUACAUCAACUGCUGAGGCUUUUAUUAGUGAAAAUGGUAGAGCUAUACAAGCCGCUACUUCUCAUUAUCUUGGUACCAAUUUCGCAAAAAUGUUUAAAAUAGAAUUUGAAGAUGAAAAUGAAGAAAAACAGUAUGUUCAUCAGACCUCAUGGGGUUGUACUACAAGAUCUAUAGGGGUUAUGAUAAUGACUCAUGGAGAUGAUAAAGGUCUAGUUUUACCUCCAAAUAUUGCUAAAUAUAAAGCGGUAAUUGUACCAAUAUUAUAUAAAAAUACAGAUGAAAAUGCUAUAUUUAGUUAUUGUAAAGAUAUUGAAAAAGUUUUAAAAAAUGCUCAAAUUAAUUGUAUAUUUGAUGAUAGAGAUUUAUAUUCUCCAGGAUAUAAAUUUAAUCAUUGGGAAUUAAGAGGUAUACCUAUAAGGAUUGAAGUAGGUCCAAAAGAUAUUCAAAACAAUUCAUGUGUUUUUGUACGAAGAGAUAAUAAUGAAAAGUUUAAUGUUAAAAAAGAAUCUGUUCUGUUGGAAACACAACAAAUGUUGGUGGAUAUUCACAAAAACUUAUUUUUAAAAGCAAAAAAGAAAUUAGAUGAUUCCAUUGUUAGAGUUACAAGCUUCAGUGAAGUUAUGGAUGCUUUAAAUAAAAGGAAAAUGGUUUUAGCUCCAUGGUGUGAAGAUAUUGCCACAGAAGAUGAAAUAAAAAAAGAAACCCAGAGGUUAUCAGUGAACCAAAUUAACGCUGAAACUUCUCUAUCGGGAGCUAUGAAACCAUUGUGCAUUCCACUAGAUCAACCUCCAAUGCCAGAAGAUACAAAAUGCUUUUGGUCCGGAAAACCGGCCAAACGAUGGUGCUUGUUUGGUAGAAGUUAUUAA